AUGUAUUUACUUGUAUACGUUGAUGAUCUUAUCCUCACAGGCAACCAUCAACCUACCAUUCUGUCAUUUAUCUUGAGUCUUCAUAAUGAAUUCGCCAUCAAAGAUCUUGGGAAACUCAACUACUUUCUAGGGUUGGAGGUUACCUACACUAAAGAUGGUCUCUUUUUAAAUCAGUCUAAAUACGCUUUGGAUAUUCUAACACGUGCAAAGAUGUUGGAUGCAAAACCUGCUCCUACACCUUUAAGCACAAAUGUUUCUUUUGUUUCUACAGGUGACGUGUUUCCAGAUGUUACGCUUUAUAGGUCUAUUGUAGGUGCUCUCCAAUAUCUGACGAUCACGAGGCAUGAUAUUGCUUAUGCUGUAAAUCAAGUUAGUCAGUUCCUUCAUGCUCCCACCACAGAUCACUUUCAGGAAGUCAAAAGAAUCUAA